AUGCCCCUUCUCGCCAUGUCCCCCAACAUCCAGGACGGCGGCACCGAAACGCCGUCCCGGAAGAGAACCCUUAUGGACUUUCUCGGGGGAGCCAAUGCGCAGACGGCCAAGGCGGCCGCUCUCGCGACCAAGCCUUCCACCCCCAGCAAACUCCAGCUCGUCACCGAUGCCGACAACCUCGCUUCCUUCGAAAAGGAACAGCAGAAGGAACAAAAUGGCACGGGCGAGCCUACAUCCCCCAUUGACCUCAUGGCCAUUGACUCUCCGCUGUCCGAAAUGUCUGACGAUGCACUGUCUCUCCUCACCGACGACGCCGGCAGCAGCACACCGGCCCGGUGGUCCACGUCGCCCAAUGCCACACCAUGCAAGUCGUCCGCCGGUGCGUCCCCGCAAGUCGUCAUCACCAUCGACGCGACACCACCACCAGGCCUCUCCGCCGCAGCCACCACGACCGCAACCACGACACAACCACCGGCUGCCAAACGCAAGCGCCUGACACCCAGCGAGCGCGAAGAAAAGGCCAAGGCGGACGCCGCGCGGAAACUAGAAAAGGAAAAGGCGGAAGCGGCACGAAAGCGCGAGAAGGAAAAGGCCGAGGCCGCCAAGAAACAGGAGCGUGACGAGCAAAAGGCGGCUGCCGAGGCUAAGAAGAAGGCGGCCGCCGAAGAAAAGGAGAAGAAGCGCAGGCAAAAGGAGGAAGAAGACCGGCGGAAGAACGAAGAGAAGGAAAAGAAGCGGAAAGAAAAGGAGGACGAAGACCGCCGAAAGAACGAGGAGAAGGAGAAGAAGCGGAGAGAAAAGGAGGACGAGGAGCGCAAGAUCCAGGAAGCCAAGGACAAGAAGGAGCGGAGCCAACUUCGACUCAACUCCUUCUUCAAGACCCCCAGCAACAGCAGCACAUCUACAUCCACCUCUUCCACCGCAGCAGUCACAACAGCAUCCGGGUCGCUGCUACCGACUGGCAGCUCACCACGGAAGCCGGCGGCCGUUCGCGGAAACUCUGCGUCGCCACGGAAGCCAACGUCAUUUGCUGCGGGCGACGCCACGAGCCUGUCCGAGUCGGGCGCCGUCGCUGCCGCGGUGUCAGAAUAUGACCGCGUCUUCAAGCCCUUUUUCGUCAAGGAGAAUGUCGUCAUGGCCACCGACCUCUAUGGCAUGGACGACGAAACCAAGGAGGCCAAGUCGCGCAUCCUCGACGAGUUUCUCGCAGGCUCCCGUGGCGAGUUUGCACCACCGCAGCCUUUCAGCGCAACGGCUGCUGUCGACUACUUCCACCUGCCUGGCAAACCGGCACUGGCACGCGGUCGCAACCGUCCUACGGUACGCAAGAUCAUGACGAUGCUAGGCCCUGACGCCAUGUACGGUGGCCUGCGCAGCGGACUUGGCGGCGAAAGUGACGCACAAACCAAGCUGGCCCUGCAUCUGCUCCAGUCGACACCCAUGAAGUACCUUUUCUUCCGCGAAGAUGUGCGCCCGGCCUACUUUGGCACGGUCACCAGCCAGCCACCAACCGCGCGGCUGUCGAAACUGGCACGCAACCCACUUGCCAAGACGGUGCUGCCCCUCAACUACGACUACGACUCGGAGGCUGAGUGGGUGGACGACGGCGAUGGUGAGGACGUUGACGACCUGGACGACGACGAAGAGGAGCUGGACGACGAUGGCGAGAUGUCUGACUUCCUGGACGACUCGGAAGACGCCAUGCCCCUGCGGCCGGCAUUUUCGGGUGGCAUGGAGCCCGAGAGCACGGGCGUGUGCUGGGAGAACGAGCAGCGAAAGGGGUGCAAACCUGCGCUGGACAGCUUCCGGAUGGAGCUGAUUCUGGAAUCAGGCACGCCGAGCAAGUCCAAAUCCAUGGCGCCACCACCUGCUCCGUCUGACGCCUUUGCUGCAUUGGGAGCGGGUGCCGCAGCGGCCAGUUCAUUGACCAAAUUCGAUCCGGCCACCUCAGCAUCGUCGGCUUCGUCCACAUCGGCCGCACCGGCGACAGCAGACGCAAACAACGGCAAGGCUGCAGACCCGAAGAAGGCUGGUGUUGCCGCCGAGUUCGUGCCGGACUUGAAAAAAUCAAUCCUGCAAUAUGCCAAGCUCAGCAAGUUGGGCCUUGUCGAGAUGUUGUCGGUCGAGUUCAUGGGCAAGUGCACCAAGGGCCAGAUCAAGAACUCGCUCGAGGCACUGGCCGAACGGACAGGAACGGGGAUCAACAAGACGUGGAAGCUCAAGGCGUGA